CGUUGAUCGAAGAGCGAAGCCAAAGUGCUGCCAUACGAAAAUGAAUGUCUGGCAAUUCCCACAAUGACAACGCCGUCCCGUCGCCCCAUCACUCGAACGCGCGAGCAGCUCACCUGUACCGAAUGCCGCAAUCGAAAGCAGAAAUGCGACCGCAAUGUCCCCUGCGGCAGCUGCGUGCGGCGAGGCGAUGCAGCGUCGUGUACGUAUGAGCGAUUCGCUCGCGGCUCUGCCAGUGAGCGGGAGCGACGCAAGCAGGCGGAGGCGAAGCUGCAGCAUCUCGAGGAGCUGGUGCAGCAGUUCGCUGCUUCUCAGAGCACGGGCAGUAAUGAUGGGCCGCCAUCACAGACGCCGUCGCAGCAGCCAUCUGAUGACUCUUUGGACUCCACGAUGCAGACUUCAGUGCUGCCAUCGGGUGGUCUCACGUACAGCGGUCCGACGCACUGGUCGGCUAUGCUCGAAGAUAUCGACGAGUUGCGGAAUGUUAUCGCCGGCCCGGAAUCUAAUCCCUUUCCCACUGCAUCUGAUACAACUGGAGAAGACGGCACGGAAUAUCUGUUUGGCGCAGCAGUGCCUUUGUCCUAUGCUCAACUUCUGGAAGUCUACCUCCCUCCACGACAGGAAGUUGAUGCGCUGGUCGGUGCAUACUUUCGAGCGAGCUCGAUUGUCGCGCCUGUUGUCCAUGCUGGCCACUUUAAAAAAAGAUAUCAACGUUUCUGGAAAGAUCCUGGAAGUAGUCCGCCGCUGUGGACUUCGAUGCUCUUCUCCGUCUGUCACGUCGCCAAUACUGCACUGCGACCACGUACAGACACUGUGACGAAUCCAAACGUCUACAGUGUUGCAUCUGCCCAGUGUCUAGCCAUCGGACAGUACUUCAAUCCGCAACCAUACGCAGUCGAAGCCCUCGUCCUAUUCGCACAGGCUCGGGCUUUCAAUUCGCUGGAUAUCACUCCCGACCACGGCAUGAUCAUGGCAUCAGUCGUUCGCUUGGCAACGAGCAGCGGUUACCAUCGAGAAGCGUCAUCGCUCGGGAUGUCAGUUUUUGAGCGAGAGAUGCGGCGACGGACGUGGUCGCUGUGCUUACAGCUCGAUCUUCUGAUCUCUUUCGCCCUUGGCCUUCCUAGCAAUGUCCAGUACCCGACUUGGGACACGUGGAUACCGCAUCACCUGGAAGAUGGCGACUUUGAUGAGGAUACCGAGACCUUACCGCCGGCUAGACCUGGCCAUCAAGUCACACGUAUCAUGUUCUAUACAGCGAAGCAUACCCUCAUGGCCGUCUUCGAGAAAAUACUCCGACAAAGCCUCAGCACAGAACCGCCAUCAUCCAAAACCAACAACGGACUAGACACUGAGCUCAACGCAGCCUACCAAUCCCUCCCCGCCAUCCUCCAACCCCGCCCAAUAAGCGAAGCAAUCGUCGACUCGCCCUCCCUAAUCACAACCCGCCUCUGCGUCCUCUUCUGCUACGAAAUCUGCCGCUGCGUGCUACAUCGCAAACUCGCCGUCACAGGCCACGAACCGAGUCUUCGCAUUUGCUACGAAGCGGCUACCAAUCUCGUCAGCUAUUUCGUCGAUAUUUACAGGGACUUGCUCCCCGGCGGGCAAUUUGAGAGCGAGAGGUGGUUCAACAGCACGCUCGUUUGGCAUGAUUUCUUGACUGGUAUUACCGUGCUGUCUAUGGUGCUGUGUGUGGGUAAUCAAGCCUCUACGCCGGUGUCUUUGGAUGUUGGAGCGAGUUUGGUGCUUCUCCAGCGGGCGCAGGAGGUGUGUGCGUCGGCGAAUCGUCAGAGUCGCUAUGCUGGUCGAGUAAUGAAGCUCUUGUCCGCGAUAUCUCAGCGCUUUGGAGGUGUUAGUUCCGCGCGGAGCAACGGCGUGCACCGAAAUGGACCCAACGGAGAGGGAAACGCGACUUCUACAACCACUAACGGAGCAUGGCAGACAUCUUCGACGCAGGUUACAGCCCUAUCUAUGCCCGAGGACCAGUGGAUGGACUGGAACAGCUUACCUUCAUCGACACUGGACGACAACUCAUGGACCUUCCUAGACAAUUUCCUCAACCUACCGAGCGAGUUAGACGUAUGACCGAACAUUCAGCUACACGGCUGCGUGAGUAGCAAACGCACACAUACAAACGACUGACGUUUAUUGGAGGUUACAAUCAAAGCCCAAGACCAAACGACCGCAGGAAAUUGAUCGACAGGCACAGCGCGGCUGUCAAACCCAAAUCCGUAGCAUGCAUGACGUUUUGAUUAUUUGGGUGCCCUACACCCACAUGCACAUUUACUACAUGAGCGU